UCUCAAUCAAAUCCCAAUCGUUAUAUAUAGAGGAUCGAUCAUAACCCACAUACACAAACACACAGUCUCUCUAAAAUCUCACAACAAUUAAUGUUCACGUUGCCCAUCAUGAGUUGUUUAGAGAGUGGUUGGCCUGAGCCAGUGGUUCGAGUCCAGUCCUUGGCAGAGGGUGGCAUAACUGCAAUCCCUGAACGCUACGUCAAGCCUGCCACUGACAGACCAACACUGAUCAACCACAAUGACGACCACCACAACGACAAUAUUCCUGUCAUUGAUCUCCAACACGUGUAUUCCAACGAUAAGAUACUGAGAGAGAAGACACUGAAAUGCAUAUCUGACGCGUGCCGCGACUGGGGAUUCUUUCAGGUGGUGAAUCAUGGAGUGAGCCAUGAGUUGAUGAGUCGCACGCGCGAGGUUUGGCGUCAGUUUUUCUAUUUGCCGCCUGAGGUGAAGCAAGAGUACGCAAACAGUCCUAAAACGUACGAAGGGUAUGGGAGUCGAUUGGGUGUAGAGAAGGGAGCGAUUCUUGAUUGGAGCGACUAUUUCUUUCUAAAUUUCUUGCCUCUUCAUAUGAGAAACCGGAACAAGUGGCCUGCUCUGCCGACUUCUUGUAGGGAUUUGGUAGCUGACUAUGGAAAUGAAGUGGUUAAACUAUGUGGGAGGCUAAUGAAAAUACUAUCCUUAAACCUUGGACUGGGAGAAGAUCAACUUCAAAGUGCUAUUGGUGGUGAAAACAUUGGGGCAUGCAUGAGGGCUAAUUUCUACCCAAAAUGUCCACAACCAGACCUUACCCUUGGUCUCUCUUCUCACUCUGACCCUGGCGGCAUGACAAUUCUUUUGCCGGACGAAAACAUCGCCGGUCUACAAGUCCGUCGAGUCGAUGAUUCUUGGGUUACUGUUAAGACUGUUCCUAAUGCUUUCAUUGUCAACAUUGGAGACCAAAUUCAGGUACUAAGCAACGCAAUUUACAAGAGUGUGGAACAUCGUGUUAUUGUGAAUUCAAAUAAAGAGCGUGUCUCUCUGGCGUUCUUCUACAACCCUAGGAGCGAUAUACCCAUGGAACCCAUGAAGAAUUUUGUAACGGAAGACCGGCCUGCGCUAUAUCCACCGAUGACUUAUGAUCAGUACAGACUUUACAUUAGGUUAAAAGGUCCUUGUGGCAAGAAACAAGUUGAAUCACUCAAGUCCUCAAGAUAGUUUCCACGGUAUAGCUAGCUAGCUUGGCUAUAUCCAAUAAGCACAUUUUGCAUUCUUCACGAUGUAAUGAUGAUUCUUCAUGUUUAGCUUUAGCAGGCAAAAAGUUGAAGAAUUUUCUUCUUCAGCAUUUGCCGGUCAAAGAAAUUGCCUAUCUAUGUCAAUUCAGGAAAUUAAUAACAAUCAAGACAAAGCGAUUCUUGUGGGAACCCAAACAUGCCUUUUUUCUCCACUAGUUAAGUUCACAUGUGAAGUUGUGAUUGUUUGCUUGGGUUUCUUCAAGAAUCAAAUUGAACCAAAA